AAGCCCCAUCUCUGCCCAGCCUGCUGCACGCCAGUGUCUGUGCCAGGUCAGACACAGUGCCUCCCCCACUCCCUGCACUGAUCACAGGGGAUGUAGUCAGAAGCACUUUGACUGACAGGGUGAUUAUUGUCGCCGAGUACCGUGUGUGAUCUAUGUGAGCUGGAAAUAAUGGACUGGAAAUAGAUUAGAGGCAAAAAACCACAAAGUGAGAAAAAAUGGAAGUAUCGAAGAAAAUGAAAUGUCAUAAAGUAUCAUAAAACUACUCCAAGAGGUCAGCCAGUUCUGUCAAUGGUCAAAGAGUAAAUGCGUUCGGCUUUGUGGGCCAUGUUGUUGCAACUACUCCACUCUUACGCUGUUGCAGAAGUGGCCACAGAAAACAUCUGUAUCCAGCAUGCUCCAAGGCCACAGCGCUGUGCUCCAGGCGUUGCUGGGGACCUUCUUCACCUGGGGGCUGACAGCAGCCGGGGCGGCCCUCGUGUUCGUAUUCUCUAGCGGACAGAGGCGGAUCUUGGAUGGAAGUCUUGGCUUUGCUGCGGGGGUCAUGCUGGCAGCCUCCUAUUGGUCUCUCCUGGCUCCAGCUGUGGAGAUGGCCACGUCCUCUGGGGGCUUUGGUGCCUUUGCCUUCUUCCCUGUGGCCAUUGGCUUCACCCUUGGAGCUGCUUUUGUCUACCUGGCUGAUCUCUUGAUGCCUCACCUGGGUGCAGCAGAGGACCCCCCGACGGCCCUGGCACUGAACUUCGCCCCUGCGUUGACGAAGAAGUCUGACACUGAGGGUCCCAGGCUGCUCUUCCCUGAGAGUGAACUUUCCAUCCGGAUAGGUAGAGCUGGGCUUCUUUCAGACAAGAGCGAGAACGGCGAGGCCUAUCAGAGGAAGAAGACUGUGGCCGCCAGCCUUCCCGAGGGCCCUGCAGUCCCCGAGCCUCCGCGGGGGACCCCGAUGCAACCCAACAGCGGCAGCUGGAGGAGGAUCGCACUGCUCAUCCUGGCCAUCACCAUCCACAACAUUCCAGAGGGUCUUGCUGUCGGCGUUGGAUUUGGGGCUGUAGAGAAGACGGCAUCUGCAACCUUCGAGAGUGCCAGUGCAGGGUGGACCCAAAUCAUACCGACCGCUACUACCUCUUCCUGGCAAACAGGUGUUGCCCGAGGAAGCGGACCCUGCAGAGGCCAGAGAGCGGGCGAGGCUGCAAAGCCACCCAUAGGAAGCGCAGUGCCGUCCUCUCAGCUUCCCUUCUCUCCACAGCAGCUCCUGGACACUGGGAAUUUAGCCAUUGGAAUUGGGAUCCAGAAUUUCCCGGAGGGCCUGGCUGUCAGCCUCCCCUUGCGAGGGGCUGGCUUCUCCCCCUGGAGAGCCUUCUGGUACGGGCAGCUGAGCGGCAUGGUGGAGCCGCUGGCCGGGGUCUUUGGCGCCUUCGCCGUGGUGCUGGCCGAGCCCCUCCUGCCCUACGCUCUGGCCUUUGCUGCGGGCGCCAUGGUCUAUGUGGUCACGGAUGACAUCAUCCCCGAGGCUCAGAUCAGUGGUAAUGGGAAACUGGCCUCCUGGGCCUCCAUCCUGGGAUUCGUGGUGAUGAUGUCCCUCGACGUUGGCCUGGGCUAGUGCUGAGAUGCUUCGGACCCCAGGACAAGCGGCACCAGGAAACUGCAACGGUUGGCUUCUACGGGACCACAGGCCUCUUCCUUUACAUUAAAACCCUCUUCCUUUCUCUCCUUUUCAUCUCAUUAUCCUGAUUGACUCUGAUUAUAGUAGGACAAUUUUUACCUUUCUUUGGAGGGAGAUAUUGGUUUCAUUUAGAAUGUUGAGGUGUCACGGAACUACAGAUUUUUGUUUGGCCACAGAAUAGAAUCUGUCUUCAGCAGGAUUACCAAGGACACACCAAUCAGGGAAAUCUCUGCUUUCACAGUCUCAAGUCUCCCUUGGUGGGCUCAGUGGCAGCUUCUCAAGGUCACCUACAGGAGCAAACUACCAAGAGAGAAGCCUCCUAAGCAUUUUUGCCUCAUGACUCAGAGCAGAAUGGCCAGGACACCUCUCAUCGGUACCUCUUGAUUUUUCACCAUUGAUCGUCUACCCAUGAGACCGGAACUGGAACAUCGUGGACAUAGCAACCCACUCUCCAAGGUCCAGCCAGCCAAAGGAGGAAUAUGCCUUCCUCUGCGUCCCCCAAGGGAGAUGCUGUAUGGGAGGGGAACACAAAGGGAAGGGAGGCGGGUAGUCUUUCUCUUUCUUUCUUAUUUUUUCUGAAGGCAAAAAUCGACACUAUUGAUGUUAAGGGAAUUCAGAUGACUAUGAACACAGAGUGAGAGUGCAGCUUUGAUUAGAGACCUCUGCUCUCUAUGGAUUCCAAGAGCAAAGUGGUUUGUCAUGGUUUCCAAAUCCCCUAGACAUUUAUUUCCAUAAGUCUAUAGCCUUCAGUUUUCUAAGAGACUUGGGGACACCAGCAGACAGCUGGAACUCAAGCCCUCGUGUAGUUACGAAGGGAGCCACUUAAGCUAACUUAAGUCAGAGAAAGACAUUUGGAAUCUGCAAUAGGUCCUUCCCUAUUGACUAUGUGACCUGUAACCUGACCUUGAAUGUUUAAGCUGCUGCAGGCUUUCCUGGAGUUUGGCCUGACAGUUUAGGAUGAAGAAGGGAGAAGGGGUAGGAAGAAAAAGAGAGGUUUUGUUUGUUUGUUUGUUUUGGGUUUUCUUUAACAUUCCCCUUGUAGGGUAAAUCUUAGCCAAGUCAUCAUCCUGAAGUGACUCUAAAGGAUGACUUAAGUAGUCUACAAGCCAAUCUGCUCCUUCCUACACGUAGUUUCUCCAACAGGGGUGAUAUAAUCUGUCUGCUUCAAACAUAGGUAAGGCCUGCCGUCCUCAUUGGUCAAAGGAGCAUAUGGGACCUUGAGUGGGCUCCGCCAGCAAGGCAGGCAGCCCAAGAGCCAGCUUUCAGGUGUUGGGUUAUCAAUGCCUGCCCUCUGAGUUUACAUGUUGAAUUGCUUCCAAGGGUGAAUAAAUACCCUGCUCUGUGAAUGCUCUAAGACCCCCACAGCCAACCUUAGGCUGGGUCUGUGUAUGUUCUUCUGAAGCACUGAUGAACAAAAUUGAAGAUACAUUCAGAGGUUUUGAUUGGUUGAAAUUAACUGGUUUGGUGGUUGGUAUACGUUUAUUUUUAUGUCUUUGUAUGUAGUUCUACAUAAUGCAAACUUUCUGAUGGACAAGACCUCAUAACUGUGAUUAAUAUCAAUAAAGGGGAUAUUGUUGUGGAUGA